AUGCCUUCAGUCGUCCCCUUUACGCAGAGCCCGGCGCUAUCCGGAAAAGACCCUCUCCUACGGCCUCUGACGCCUGCGGAUGUGAAGUCGUGCACAGUAGUUGAAAGGGCAUUCCCAGAACACGAGCAAUGCUCGGAAGAAAAGUUUAUCUAUCGUCUCAACCAAACCCCAGAGCUAUGCCUCGGUUUAUUCAUCUGGGAGGAAGGCAAGGAGCAGCUCAUCGGCCACAUAAUCGGAAUGCGAGUUCCGACAAAGGAGAUCACUGAAGGCUCGAUGCAUAUGCCAGAGAACUGGCGAGAGCGCCCAUCGGACCAAGCUUAUAUCGUUGACGGACAACUCAUCGGAAAUGACCCCCACGGCAAAACUAUUGCUAUCCAUUCUGUCGUCAUAAGCCCCCAAUACCAAGGGAACGGUGUGGGCAAGGCUCUGGUAAAGGCUUACAUCGAGUUCAUCAAGGAGACGCAGGUAGAUACCGACGGGAUCGUGCUGAUUGCGCAUGAUUAUCUGAUCAAAUUUUAUGAAGGCGCAGGGUUCGUUAACCACGGACUAAGUGCUUGUCGGUUUGCAGGGGAGACAUGGUAUGACUUGGUCCUAGAUUUGUAA